GCGGCGCAACAACGCCUGUCGUGUCUCUCCGGCUCGGCACACACACAAACCACUUGUCUUUGUCUUGCCAGUGGAUAAACCAAUUUUUACCUGUCUUUUGUCAAUGGUUAAAGGCACAUGCGCGGUGCCCCAUGGGUUUUCGGUGACAACGACAAUUGUUUUUUUUUUUUAUUCCUUCACUCCAGACGGCUAGUGCGCGCCGGUUUUCCCAGAUUUUUUGUGCGUCCAUAACUCUGACGCUGGACGUCAAUCGUGAAGACCCGGGGGUGAUCUGUUGAAGGUGUUUUCUUUUUUUUGGUUUUUUCAUUUUUUUUUUGGUUUUUUUUUUUCGAUGAAUGGAAAUAUCAAUUUGAGAUUGUGAUUGUCGGGUUGUGUCGUGCCGUCGGAUUGUGACUGGUGUUUUGAAAAAAAUUUUUUUUUCCAUUUGUUUUUUAUUUGAGUGACUAUUUCUGUGCGCGAGUACUUCAGGUAUCUUCGAGGAAUGAGGCUCGAGUGGUCUCGAGAACUCUGAGAGAACUGGGGAGAGCAUGAGGCUGGAGGACUUGAGGGAAAUCGAGUCUUGAGGGAAUUUGCUGGAUGGUUUGCCUGGAGGGACAUCAAGUCGUGGAUAGUGGAGUCACCGGCGGUGAUUACUCGGUGGUAGUUGGAGAUUAUUUUUAAAGUGUCGUUGAUUUUUUGGGGUGUGUGGGACUUACGCAAUCUCAGGGUUAUUGACAACCAGGUCCCCCGGUUCUCCCUUGACCGGAUCAACGUCACGCACCCUUUGCGGGAAUCACCCCGCCACAGCAGCCACCCUGAUGGGAGUGUAUGAGGAACGCGCCCCUCCUACCACCGGCAUGCACUGGCAGCCGCCCGGCUCGCAGGAGCGUGGAAGCGGCUUGGCUUUGGGCUGUCAAGGUGGUGGGCCAGGGAGCGCAGGGGGUCCUGGAGUUGAUCAAACGAGAGACCUGAGUCCAUGUCUCCCGGCGUCGAUGGGUGAUGCCGCAAGACCUACAACUCUACCCUGUAGCCCACCUGCUGCCCACCACGGUGUCCAUCGUACACCGCUGCAUCAAACCCACUGCGGUACAAAUAAUAAUUGUUACGACGGCUCAACAACCCCCUACGACUCUCGAGACUACGGAUCGCCCGGUGGUGAUUAUCGAAAUAGCUACGAUAAUGCCAGUGAUCUGAGUAUACCACCUCAGACAAAUCAACAGUGUCAUCACAAUCAGCAGUUGCACAAUCAUCAGUCGCAGGUGCAACACCAGACGAAUCAGCAGGAUCAUCGUGGCGAUGAUAUACAUGCUAUUCCAAAAUUGGAACCACCACCGACUCCACCGUCGCAGGCUGAUGAUGUGCCAGGGGUCGUGUGCGCUGGAUGUGGUCUCAGAAUAUCUGACAGGUUUUAUCUGCAGGCGGUGGACAGAAGGUGGCAUGCCGCCUGCCUGCAGUGCUCCCACUGUCGUCAGGGCCUCGACGGCGAGGUCACCUGCUUCAGCAGGGACGGCAACAUCUACUGCAAAAAGGAUUACUACAAAAUGUUCGGCAGCAUGAAGCGAUGCGCAAGAUGUCAAGCCGCUAUUUUAGCUUCGGAAUUGGUAAUGCGAGCUAGAGAACUCGUGUUUCACGUUCGAUGCUUUUCCUGCGCAGCGUGCACUGUACCAUUGACAAAGGGUGAUCAUUUUGGUAUGAGAGAUGGUGCUGUGCUCUGUCGUUUGCAUUAUGAGAUGGGUGCUGAGUUGCAUCCGUCUCAGAGUCCACCAGUACCAGUUUAUCCACCGGGUCCGCAUUAUCCUGGUCAGUCAUUUCCAUCACCCGAGUUUCUUCACCAUCAGCCACAUCAUAUACCAGGGCAUACACAUCAUUCGAUGCAUCCACAGCAUCCACACCAGUUGACACACGCAAGUCCCGUUCCCCUGCAGCCGUCAACACCGUCUGGGCCUGAUGCUGGUUCACCACCUAAAGUACCGUACUUCAAUGGUGCCGCUUCCACAGUGGGAGCCAAUGCCGGUGUACCUCCACCCAGACAAAAAGGCAGACCCAGAAAAAGGAAGCCGAAGGAUCUGGAGGCGAUGACAGCUAGUCUUGACCUCAACUCGGAUUACAUUGAUAUGCCAUUUGGUAGAGGUCCUGGUACACCGGGUAUGCCUGGAUCGAAUAGCCGAACUAAACGCAUGAGAACGAGCUUCAAGCAUCAUCAGUUGAGAACGAUGAAGAGUUACUUCGCCAUCAAUCACAAUCCCGACGCGAAGGAUCUCAAGCAGCUUUCCCAGAAGACCGGAUUGCCAAAGAGGGUACUACAGGUGUGGUUUCAGAACGCACGCGCAAAAUGGCGGCGCAUGGUGCUCAAACAGGAGGGCAAAUCCGACAAGUGCGGUGGUGUUGAUGGUGGAUCACUCAAUGACCUAGAACUUUACGGAAAUAGUGCGGGAAGUGGUGGACCACCGAUGAGUCCACAAUUCAUGAUGGGUGGGCCUCACAGUCCCGCAUCUCUUGGCUCACUGGAUUGCGCGUGAUUUCGUACCUGUUUAACAGAUCUGUCGUCGUUCAUUGGUUUCGCUAAAAAAUAUUUCAAAUGAAAAAAAAAUAAAUAAUGAAAAAAACUGGUAAGAGACUAUUGUGGGACCUGGUCCCGUUACGGCUGUCUAAUAAUCAUUCCCCAUGGACUCGCAGGACGAAUGGUGAUGUGAAUAUUUAUUCAGAGUCCUGGGGAAUCAUCUGUAAAAUACAACAUACGCAUUACUGCCCGUUAAUAGAAUAGUGCGUGUAGUCGUAUGUGAAUUGUAUAUUAAGACAUAGCUUAUAUGAGAGAUAUAUAUAUGUGGAGAAAGAUGAAUUUAUUAUAAUAAAGUGACGAGGUUAUCGUCUUCUGUACUAUAGAUACAAUGAGGAUUAUAUGUAUUUAUUUGUAGAAACUUGAGUAAUUGUGGUGAGAGCAGUGUUGUUUAUUUGCAUUGAUGGAUCAAACACAUUUCCAGGCAGUUUCAACUGAAAGAAUAGUGCGAGGACAUGAGGAUCAUUUCAUCUCGAUAUAUUUAUUUGUAAGGAUUAUCCAGCCAGUGAAAUUUCAUUGUUAGCUAAAGUGAGUCAGUGUAUUUGUAAAUAUCGCAGAUUGGUGAAUUAUGAUAUGUUCCUUCAGUACACAACUACAAAGACACACGAGAAUUCUAAUAAGAUCGUAGGGGGGAUGUAUUGCAGUAGGUUGCGGUCGUUUAGCUCGAGAUAAUGAUAAUGAUCAUAAUCAUUUAAAAAACAAACCACCUAUCUAUUGUCCUUGUAAAUCGAUCGAUUGCCUAUAAUUUUACAAAAUGACUUUUUUCAUUGAAUAUAUUUUG